ACUACCCCAGACACAGACACAAUGAGCGCAACCUGGCGUAGCGUCUUCACGUACAACAAGUACGCCCAAAUCACCGCACGCGCCGUGCGCAACUCCCUCAAGGAGACCGAGCGUGUUGCAGCUGAGAAGCGCGGCCUCACCACCGUCCGUUACCAGCAUUGGGAGAAUGGCGUUGGUGGACAGCAGACUGUGUUGAACCCCGAGCUGGAGAAGGCCCCCGGGAAGCCCGCCGUAUAGAAGUCGGAGGACAAGGCAUAGGAGGGUUUAGACACGGUGUAACACCCGCACACGCUUGCACAACCUGCAAUAGACGCAUACAUUCGCU